UUGGAUGCCGUGUGAGCAGCAGCACUGAGCGGAGCGAAACCGUCCAGCAAACCGACGUCCAGCACCGCAAAAAUAAAACCCAAACGAUGACCUUCUUACAGAUACGACAGAAGCAAACAAUCAUUUGACAACUUCCGACCCCACACCUUGCCUUCGCCGCUCCUUGCUGUAAGCGCCCUGUUCCAACUUUCCUCCCCCCCAGCCCAUCGGCCCUCCAGUCCAGCGGGACCAUGAUGCUCAGCAGCUCUGUGGAGGUGCCCAGCCCAGGCGGUCUGAGUGGCCUUAGCGGGCUUAGCGCAGCGGCUCGGAACGUGGUGCGCUCCUCCAGCAUCUCUGGGGCCAUGUACAGCCUGGAGAAGAGUCCUGGCAGUGGGGGACCAGACUCCACAUCAUUGGCUGGCAACAAGAAGCGGCGCUCCAGUCUGGGCGCCAAGAUGGUGGCCAUUGUGGGGUUGUCGCAGUGGAGCAAGAGCACACAGCAGCUCAACCAGCAAGACGGCGGGACGAAGAAGCUGCGCAGCACCAUCCGACGGAGCACAGAGACUGGCAUCGCCGUGGAGAUGAGAAACCGAGUGACAAGGCAGGGCAGCAAGGACUCAACUGAUGGCAGCACCAACUCAAACAGCUCUGAUGGAACGUUUGUCUUCCCUACCACACGCCUGGGGCCUGAGAGCCAGUUCAGUGACUUUCUGGAUGGACUAGGCCCCGCUCAGAUUGUAGGCCGGCAAACACUAGCUACACCCCCCAUGGGGGAUGUCUAUGUAGGCAUGGUAGACAGAGGAGGGCAGCUGGAGGUUGAGAUCAACCAGGCCAGAAGGUUGACCCCAAAGCCGGGCUCCAAGAACAUACCAGCGACCUACGUAAAGGUGUAUGUGCUGGAGAAUGGCGUGUGCUUGGCCAAGAAGAAAACCAAAGUAGUGAAGAAGAAUCUGGACCCCACCUACCAGCAGGCUCUGUUGUUUGAUGAGAGUCCUCAGGGCAAAGUGCUACAGGUAAUAGUGUGGGGGGAUUACGGGCGUAUGGACCACAAGUGCUUCAUGGGAAUGGCCCAGAUCCUUCUUGAGGAUUUGGACCUGUCUGCCACAGUCAGCGGCUGGUACAAGCUGUUCCCUACCUCCUCUCUGGCAGAUCCCAGUAUCGGACCCCUCACUAGACGUCUCUCCCAGUCCUCCCUGGAGAGCGCCACCAGCCCCUCGUGCACCUAGAUACCCAGUAGACACGCACAUGCAUGGCAAAGGCAGAGUCAUGCAGACACGGACACACGUACUGUAUAUACACAACGACUGUAUUUGAUGACAGGUAGG